UAGAUUAGAUUUAGCAGCCGAAGGUGAUAAAUUAUAGACCAAUACAGAGAAGAAGACAGUGACCUUUCCCCAACUAAACUAAACUAAACAACUACUCUUACUCCUUCUUCAAGCACUACAUACAGACUAUAGAAAGAGAAAGUGAGCAGUUAUAUUCAAGCCCAAGCAAAGCUAAACCAACCGACUCUUCAUCACUCCAACCAGAACUUGUCGGCAACUCAACCGCAGCUGAGAGAAACCCAACCACAAGAAUAUUAUUACUGGACAAACCAACACUUAUACCUCUCUCUCUUCUCCCUCUGUCUUUUCCCAAAAACCCAAGUAGUAGUAGUACUACUAGUUCUACUAGAACAAGAAGAAGAAGAUAAAGACUUAAGCUUUCUUAAGUCUUUUCAUGGUGAGAGCUUGAUCAGAGGUCCAAUUGGGGAAAAUCGUUCCUGGGUUAUUGAGAGAUUUGUGUGCUGGGGUCAGAGAUUUGAAGGGUUUGAUUUCAAUGUUGGUUCAAGAUAGAGUAGGGCCUAAGUCUCCCAAACAGACCCAGAUCAGGAGUUUGCCCACUCAUCACCAUCCCGGUAGAUUAACCGAACCCAAAAACCUAGAUUUCUCAACAUGGGUAUCUGAGAAUCUCUAUAAAGUCGUUACUGUUUUGGUUCUGAUCGGUACUGUUGCCGCUCUCUUCUUUCUCCGGAAUGUCGGUGAUACCGCGGCGCUUCUCUGCUUCGAGAAUCAGGUUGAAGCUUUGGAGAAGAUCGAAUUCCCCAAAGUGAAUUGGAAUUCGAUUACUCCAAUCACUGAUAAGGGUUCACCUUAUGCGAAUUUUCGGACGGAGAGGUGGAUCAUCGUCUCCGUCUCUGAUUAUGCCUCUGAUUCGCUUAGAAAGCUCGUGAAGAUCAAGGGAUGGCAGGUCUUGGCGAUUGGGAACUCCAAAACGCCGUCGGAUUGGAGCCUUAAAGGUGCGAUCUUUUUGUCUUUAGAGGAGCAAGCUAAAUUGGGGUUUAGGGUUGUGGAUUUCCUUCCUUAUGAUUCGUAUGUUAGGAAAACUGUGGGUUAUUUGUUUGCAAUUCAGCAUGGUGCGAAGAAAAUCUUUGAUGCUGAUGAUCGUGGUGAGGUGAUCGAUGGUGAUUUGGGUAAGCAUUUUGAUGUUGAAUUGGUAGGAGAAAAUGCUAGACAAGAGACUAUUAUGCAGUAUAGUCAUGAAAAUCCUAAUAGGACUGUUGUGAACCCUUAUAUUCAUUUUGGGCAAAGAUCAGUUUGGCCUAGGGGUUUGCCAUUAGAGAAUGUAGGUGAGAUUGAACAUGAAGAGUUUUACACUGAAAUUUUUGGUGGGAAACAGUUUAUUCAACAGGGUAUCUCAAAUGGAUUGCCUGAUGUUGAUUCUGUGUUUUAUUUUACCCGAAAAUCGGGCUUGGAAGCCUUUGACAUUAGGUUUGAUGAGCAUGCCCCAAAGGUGGCAUUGCCACAGGGUAUGAUGGUGCCUGUGAAUUCUUUCAAUACCCUUUACCAUUCUUCAGCAUUUUGGGCUUUGAUGCUUCCUGUGUCGAUUAGCUCGAUGGCUUCGGAUGUGUUGAGGGGUUACUGGAGUCAGAGGAUGUUGUGGGAAAUAGGUGGAUAUGUUGUGGUUUAUCCCCCAACUGUUCAUCGAUUCGAUAGAAUCGAAGCAUACCCUUUUUCGGAAGAGAAAGAUCUCCACAUUAAUGUAGGUCGUUUGACGAAAUUUUUGGUGUCUUGGAGAUCAGGAAAGCACAGAUUGUUCGAGAAGAUUCUCGAGUUAAGUUUCGCAAUGGCAGAGGAAGGGUUCUGGACCGAGAAGGAUUUAAAGUUCACUGCUGCUUGGCUUCAAGAUUUGCUUGCUGUUGGAUACCAGCAACCAAGACUAAUGUCAUUAGAAUUGGAUCGCCCUCGUGCCACCAUUGGUCAUGGGGAUCGAAAGGAGUUUGUCCCACAAAAGUUACCCUCUGUUCAUCUCGGGGUUGAGGAAACAGGGACAGUGACAACUGAGAUCGGGAAUCUGAUUCGAUGGAGAAAGAAUUUCGGCAAUGUUGUACUAAUCAUGUUCUGCAACAGCCCCGUAGAGCGUACAGCUCUCGAAUGGAGAUUACUUUACGGGCGGAUAUUUAAAACCGUGGUCAUAUUGGCCGGGCAGAAGAACCAAGAUCUUGCAGUAGAGCAAGGACAAUUAGAGCAAAUUUACAGACACCUGCCCAAGAUAUUUGAUUUAUAUAGCAGUGCAGAGGGAUUUCUAUUCCUUCAGGACAAUACUAUUCUUAAUUAUUGGAAUCUCCUAGAAUCAGACAGGACUAAACUAUGGAUUCCAAACAAGGUAUCGGAUUCUUGGGUUACUGUUUCAACUAAAGACAGUGAUUGGUUUUCGAAACAAGGAACCAUGGUAAAGAAAGUUGUUGACUCAAUGCCUGCUCAUUUCCAAGUCAAUUACAAAGAAACCGUAUCGAGUGAUCAAAGCCUUACAGUAUGCAGUUCCGAAGUGUUCUACAUCCCUCGAAAUUUCGUAGCUGACUUUGUUGAUCUUGUGAAUCUUGUUGGUGAUUUAGAUAUCCAUCACAAAAUCGCGAUACCCAUGUUCUUUAUCUCGAUGGAUUUGCCACAGAAUUUCGACUCGGUGCUUAACAACAUGAAUUAUAAAAAAGAAGUAUCUGGUGUAAACUCUUCAACAUUGUAUUCAGCUAAAGUUUCUGCUGUUCAUCCAUGGAAUAUAUCAAGUGAACCAGAUUUUAUCAAACUCAUAAGAAUAAUGGCAGAAGGAGACCCUUUUCUAAUGGAGUUAGUAUGAAGGUAAAAUAAACCAUCUUUUGAUAGAUAGGAAAAAAAAUACUUGUACCACUUUGUUAAUGUUUUACCAAACCCUUGUACUCUUAUUUUUAUUUUUAUUUUUAUUUUUUUUGGGUUUUAGGGGAGGGGUAUAUCAUUUUUAUUUUUAAUUUUUUUAAUCUGUAGAUUUAUUUUGUAUUAUUUGUUACUGAUGGAAGAUAUUCUCUAAAGAAAUCUAUACAUCUAUUUCAUUUUUUGCCUUUGUAUGAAAUGAGAAAUUGUAAUCAAACAUUCUUGAUCUUUAUAUUGUGUAUUGGUUCAAUUCAA